UAAUCCAUAACCUAUUUUGAUUAUUUGUAUACAAUAAGACAGUGUUUGUUUAUAGUAUUACCGAAGUAAAAAUCACUCAUAAGAAAAUGACAACGGAGGAAAAGGUAAUUACAGCAGAAGAAAUACUAAAUGAGAAAUCAGAUGCUGUAGAAACAAAUAUCCCAAGCAUUUCCAAUCGUGCGUCCACUAGACUAAGAGUUAAGAAAGAGAAGUCAUUGGAGCAACAAAUUCCCAAAGGCAAACCGAAGUCUGGUAGAAUAUGGAAGGAACCGAAGAAAAAAUUCUCAUCUAUCGUCAAAACACGCGGCAUACGAUUGUCCUUUGAUAAAAAGCAGAAGCGAAGAGAAAACCUGAAGCAUGUUAAGGAAAUUUCACGAGCAAUAAAGGCCGAAAAACGAUCACAGAAAGAGGCAAAAAAAGAGAGAAGGAGGGCUAAUUUGAAACGUGCUAUAGAGAAUCAGAAAAAGAGUGAAAUUGUACAAGUUAUUACAAAUACUACAAAAUUAAAGAAGAUUAAGAAGAAGCAUCUCAGGAUGAUAGAAAAGAGGGACACGCUUAAUCUUUAA